AGAGAGAGAGAGAGAUUGGAUGGAUCCAUCUCUUUCUCUGGCACAUCACAUGCGCUCAUCCAUUUAUUUAAGUCCGGCCGACGACAGGCAGCACGCCGAAAGCAGACUCCGGUAGCAGAGCUCGGCACACUUCCCAACAGAGAUCAGGACUGAGACGUCCUCCGACAGAGUUCUCGCCCGCAUCAGCAUCCUUGCGGGACGCGGCAUUGUCGACACUGGGGGUCUUUUAAUGGGCCCCAAACCUCGCCAGCACCCCGGGAUGGCGUGCAGCGCUUGUUACUACCUGGUCAUCAGCUCCACUCACCUGAGCAAUGGACACUUUCGGCGGGUCAAGGGGGUCUUCAGGGGACCGCUGUGUCCAGCCUCCAGCACUGAUUCACCGGAAUGCGCAGAGAGGGCUUUGGGGUGCUCAGGAGAAGAUCUGAAGUCUCUUUUCUACUGUGAGCUGUGUGACAAGCAGUACCUGAGACACCAGGAGUUUGACAACCACAUCAACUCCUACGACCAUGCACACAAACAGAGGCUGAAGGAACUGAAGCACAGGGAGUUUGUUCGUAAUGUAGCCUCCAAAUCAUGGAAGGACCAGCGCAAACAGGAGAAGGCGCUCAGGCGUCUGCACCAGCUCGCACAGCUGCAACAGGAAACCCAGCGAGUCCCAAGAAGGAUGUGUGGGCUGAGACGUGGAGUCAGAGCUUUUAGCCAGCAACGAGACAGAGAUGUGGAUAAAAGAGAGCACAGCCCUGAGGGCAAUCCUGAAAUUGUCAACCACCCCCAGCGUGCCCCUACUACACCACGACGGACUCUCAGCCACCGGUCAGACAAUUCGUGCCAAUCUUCCUUACAAAUACCUAUCGCCCCUGCUCCAGUGGAGCCACCACUAAUCCCUUCGACAUCUGAUGUAGACUCUCCUGCGGCGCAUCCCCAAUCCUGCCACAGCUUGUGUCCCCAGCUGCUCGUUCCGGCACAGGGGAGAGUGGGAGGCAGGCUCGGAGUGUCCUUCUGCUUCUCACGCAGGGGGCCCCGGCUGGAGCCUUCAGCAUCCGUGUUCUCUGACCAAGAAGAGGAGGAGAGAGAGAACAGGGAACAAAAGAAAGAAAGGAUAAGGGAGAUCAUCGAGGAUAUUGACAGGGAAAUAAGGGAAACCAAUGAAAGAAAACACAGUGAGAGUGAGGGAGAAAAGUCAGUUUCUGGCAAAAAUGACAUUCAGCUAAUCCCCAGAGAGUCCACAGCAGAGGAGGAAACGAUGGAUAAAAGAGACAUAGUAACAGAACAUUGCCCCAUUUCCAUCACAGCCCCUUAUAAUCAGAUCUAUGACUCAAAAGUCUCACGAUCACCGACCCAGGUGGCAGUGUGGGACACAGCAUUGGCAUUGGCACACAUGGACACCAAACAGAGAGAGACGGGGAGAAAUCAUGAAGCACACAGAGGGAGGGAAGUCAGUGCUUUUGUGUCUGUGCUGGGGAAAGAUGGUUCAGGCCUGAGAUGGCCUGAAGGUUUGCUUAAGUUCACCAAGUCUCAACCACACAUCUCCUACAGCUGCAACCCACUCUGCUUGAACCUUCAGCCACCAGAAAAAUACACCGACGGUUUGCAGGACUCCACAAAAAAUCAGUUCUGCGAUCUUUCUGAUGAAUCAAAGCCACCUGUGGCAGCAGAUGCUGUUUCCUGUUUACAAAGACAAGCAAGAAAUGUAUUUAGAGCACAGGAAAAAGAUGAGCAGGAACAUCAUAUCAUUGUGCAGACAGAAGCACAUCUGCUCCUUAAAAAUGAAAACCUUUCAUCAUCAGAAACUGGACCCCAAAGAGGAAGAUACAGUUUAAGUAAUCUGAAUUGUGAGAAGGAAGCCUCCCCAUCGUUUGACCCUGCUCAGUGUGACAGAUCUACCACGAACUCCAGGAAUCCUCUGGGAGGCAGAUUAAAGGAUGCAAAAGGGAUCAGGAAGAGAGCCAUCAAAGCCCUGAGCUGUAAAUUAGAGUCUGUCGCCCAGUCUAGCACACAGGGGAUACGCAUCAGCCCGUCCAGGUGUGAAUGUGGGAGUGAGACAAUGUGCAACUGUGCCAGCGCUCCACAGUUAUGUGUGGGUGUCCCAAAAGUGUCACGCAAGAAGAGGAAGACCAAAACAAAGAAGCACAGGCUGAGAAAGAGGAAGGGGGUAGAGAGGGAAAAGGCCUCAAACAAGCGCCAAUUUACAAAGUGCAAAGUGAAGAGUGUUGUUUCUACAGUUUCUAAUGGAGGACAGAGCAGAGGAGAAUCUGGGGGAAGAUGGGAGAAGAAAAGGAGGCAAAGAGAGAUGAGGAUGAGGAGGGUGGCUAUAGUAGGAAGCCACGGUCUCCCGGGGAGCUAUGAAGCUGAGCCAGUAUCUGUCUCUGUCAGAAAGCGGCCUCACAGGAGCAACAGCACUGAAUACAAGUCUCAGCCAGGCAGGGAGCAGGCAGAGGACUGUAACAUCUACUCCCAGCUCACCAGAGUCACAGCAGAUAGACAUACUGAAGGGGAGUGUAGGCGAGAUGGAGAUUCAGUGACUUUUCCCUGGCGGUCUCACUUCUCUUUACGCGCCUUCUCACCAGGAUGUGACUCAAACUUGAUUUGGGAAAGGGGUCACCAUAACAACCCCAGGAGUAUCAUUGACUCCUGUUACCCUGACAACAGGUGUGUUAGAAGCCCAGCUAAAAAGAGAAAACUUCUCCACAGGGACUGGAAAGUCAUUCAUAGUAAGAGAAACUGUGAAGUCUGGGAGGAGAGUGGAAGGAAAAUCAGGGGACACUCAGACAGUAGAGACAGAGGACCCAUCUCAGACACUGAACACUGGGAGUGGAUGAGGAGGGACUGUUCCAGAGGUAAUGAGGAGGGCAGGUCAAGGGCUUGCUGGAGCUCAAGAAAUAGGUCAAUAGAUUGGGAUCAUGCUGCCAGGUUUAGUCCUAGUCCUAGCAGCUGGAGCAGGAGACACAGACAUCUCAGCACUGAAGAUGUAGACUGGGACAGGUGUAGUGUAGAUACAUGGACGUGGGGCAGCAGUGACAGCUGGGAAGAUAGGCAAACAUACAAGUCCAUUUCAGGGUCCAGGGUAGGAGCUGACAGCAGAGACAGCCCGUAUAGUAUGUGGAGAUGUGGAAGCACCAGACGCUCAAGUUCGAGACAUCCAUCAAGCCCUGAGUGGUGGAUGAGAGGACACCCGCAUUGCUGCCAAAGUGUAAUCCGCACACAGGGCAGCAGAUGCCAGAGCCCACGCUCCUGCAGCCCUUGCAGCAGUACCAAUAUGUCUGAACUGAGCUGUGAGUGGAGCAGAAGCAGCACUUGUUCAGGAGUCACUGCAGAUGAGUCCUGCAAGACGUUCUCAAGAACGGAAGAACUUCCCGAGGAGGCAAGAAAGCACCACGGCCCCAUGUCCAAUUCAUCUGGCCUUUCCUCUGCCCCCCCUUCUGAUUCCACCCCACACAUAUCCACUCCAAGAGAUCCAGGCCUCAAUAUGAACCACUGUGACAAAAGUCACUCACAGCUAAAAGAGACCACUCCACAGUCAGACCCUUCUGUUGGAUUCUCUGCCACUGGCACCACUCUGUUAAGACUAUGUCCCAGUAAGACUUUGCCACAAAAACCAGCUAGGAUGUUGAUUUUCCCUCUCAUAGGAAAACUUCCUGCAAUCCAGAGGGAGGCAAGAAGAAGGAAAGGGCUGCUGGAGAAGAAUCAAGAAAAGGAGAGGGAUGAGGGCCAUGGAGUUGAUCCUGGCACAACUGUUGACAGUCCAAAAUGUCCUCUGGACAAUGCUGAGUCAAAUCCCAGCAGCAUGCCAAAUCUCUGCCUGUCACAGAUUAGGACUGACGACAAACAAACUGUUGGAGAGAGAACUCCACCAAUCAGCUUUUCAGCUGAGGAGAUGGACAAAUAUCGUCUGCUGCAAGAGCAGGCGAGAGAACACAUGCAGAAAGUCCUGGAAAAGAAACAAGAGUGUGCAGAUACACACAUACAGAUAAGCUAUUCACACAGAGCACAUACAGAGAACUGUGUGAAAUCAGAAGAACAAUACACACCUGAACCUUUGCACAGCCCAGCACAGCCUCAAGCCCUGUUGAUGCAUACAAAUACAAUGCAAAGACAAUUCCAACACACCCUACACAUCAGUGUCCCCAUCCCACAAGUGAACCCACAAGAGAGCUUUACCCAGGCCAUGGCUCCAGCAGUCCCCAGCCUCACCCCUCUAACGCUGUCUCCCCCUCUCUCCAGUCUCCAUCAAAUCAUUUUACAACACACAGCUCUCUCCCUUCCCCCCCACUCCCCCUCCACUUCCAGCUCUUCACCCUCUCCUGCCUUCCACCCACACCCACAGCCACCUCACUGUCCCCUUUCCCUCCCUCAUACUUUUCACCUCUCCCCUGUUGCCAUCUCCUCCCUGUUUCCCUCCAUCGUGCUCUCCCAUCAUCCCAUCCCUCUCCUUCCCCAGUCCCCGGCUUUCCACACACCUACACUCACCCCACUCUCCCCGGUCCUGCAACCAUUGAACCCCCAGCCUUUCAUGGACAGAUCGUGGCCAGUGAGGUUUCAGCAGAAGGCGAUAUGAUUCUCACAGAGUGGCUGCCAUGUCCAUUAAUCUUUCUUGGCAACACUGACCAAUGAGAGAACGAAAUGGAAUGGUUGAAGAAAAGCCCGAUUUUUGGAGUCGGGUUGUGCCAGCGCUUUUUGCCUGUUUUCAAAUGAAAACUUGUGUCCCCAUUUAGGUUCCACUGUCCUGCAGCUGACAGUGAGGCACCAGACUUUGAUCCUUUGCAUUCGCUAUCAUUUCCCAUUCAGACCCAGAAUAAAAAGAAAGGUGCACCUGCUAUUCAAAGACAAACUGGGCUUGUGUCAUCCUCUCUUCUUCCUUUAGAGCCACAGGGAGACCAGCUGCCUUUUGAAGUACCCUCCAAGCUAGGGACAGAAUAACAAGAGAAAGUGAUAAUACUCCUUCCCUAUCUCCAUUUCAUACAGGUUAUCUGAGUCAAAGUGUGACUUUCAACAAACAUAAAUAAUGUACCAAUAGCCAGAGGGGCUGGCGCAGGCAUUUAUAGGGAUUUCUGGACACAAAUUCACAUCUGGAAGAACAACAAUUAUUUUCCAUAUCUGAUAUUGGUAAGGACCCAUUUUGUAGACAGUGUAAAU